CCAUUAUUCUGCAGGCUAUUCACAAAAUAAAUAGACUUAAGGCUCAGCUUCAGUCAUCAACUCGUGUUCAACUGUUUAGCCUCGUGAUUCAUUACCACUACGCUUUCUUGGUUAUUUUAUUAAAUAUUUUGACGCUUUAUAACGGCUCUGCGAGUUCAAUAUUUUCUCAAUAAAUAGCUUGUAAAUUAAAGGCAACUAUUUAUUGAGUUAGUAUCCGUUUUCCGCUGUAAAUUAAAAUAUAUUUAAUUUAAAUUUCUUAGGGCGCGCUUGCUCAGUCCACGUGUCUAAACUUACACGUGAAUUAUUUCAAACGCUUUAUACUAUCGUCUUAUUCGCCCUAUAAUAAAUUAUUUCUAAUAAUUUAUAGUGUACAAAGUGUAAGUAAAUUAUAUAAUUAUUUGUUGUUAAAAUCUUGUGUUUAAAUAUUAAUUAUCAAAUCUAGCAGACCUACACCAGAAAUCCAUUAAGUGUUCGCUCACUCAACAGUGCGCGUAAGUUAUAAAGUCAAAAGUCGUUAUAGUUUUCAUCUCAAUAAUCAGUAACACAGAGUAAUAUUUACUAAGUAUAUAUUAAUUAUAAUAUUAAACUUUCGAUAAAUAAAUAUAAUCAACUGAUUCUGAAAUAAAUUUAAUUAAAAGGAUUAAGUUUAAGUGUUUAUUGUUGAGCAAUAUGGAAAUUUUAGCAUAUUCCCAUUGCCAAAAGCAUCGAGUAAUUUAUAAAUGGAAAAUUAAUGAAAUUACAUCAUUCAUCGAGUCUGCUCAUGACGAUGAAACGACAGCAAAGCUCAGCUCACCUGACUUUACGACAAAUGGCAAAACUGGAACUUCAUGGUUUUUACAACUGAGUCUAUUACAAGAACCGGACUGGAUAUCUCUAUAUUUGUGUCGAAAAGAUGGGAAUGAUAACAGAAGAGUACAAUUAUCACUCUUCAUUUUAGACAACAAAAAUAAAAGACAAUUUUUGAAAACUUCCUGUGGCAUUCGCGAUUUUACAAUUGGACGGGGAAUUUCUAAAUUCGUUGAAAUAAAAGAGUUGUUGAAAAACAAAGAUGAUCUUUUACCAAAUAACACCUUAACUGCAUGUGUUGAACUAACUGUUUAUGAAGAUUAUCAAUCAUCUCUUACUAAAAUUUCGUUGCAACCACCACGACGCCAAAUCACUGACGAUCUUAAAGAACUAUAUGAUAGUAAAACAAACAGCGACGUUACUUUCGUUGUGGGUAAUGAAAAAUUCAAAGCCCACAAGCUCAUAAUGUCAACUCGCAGUCCUGUUUUCUUUGCGAUGUUCACCCAUGAGAUGAAGGAAAAUAGAGAGAGUGAAGUUACUAUACCUGAUAUAGAGCCUGAAGUUUUCAAUAAACUGUUGGAGUUUAUUUAUACUGACAAAAUAACUAAUUUGGAUGCGGAUGCUGCGUAUUUAUUAGAAGCUGCAGAUAAAUAUCAAUUGCUAAAUCUGAAAAGUUUAUGCGAAGAAUCGUUAUCUAAGUCAGCCAGUAUUGAUAAUGCGAUUGAAUUGAUGAUUUUAGCAGAUCUACACAAUGCUAAUCAAUUAUUCGAACAUGCGCUUGAAUUAAUAAUAAAAAAUAUCGAAGCUAUCAUUAAAACUCCAGAGUAUAAAAUAUUAGAAGAAUCUAAACCACUGUUAUUAUCGAAAUUAAUUGAAAAAUUGGCGACUUCGAUAAAGAAUAAUGCUUCAGCAGAUGAAAAAUAAUUUGGAUCUUGUACACGAAAUACCCAAUUAAUAAGAGAUCGGAAUUUGAGUGGAAUAUUCACCGCCAAUAAAUCUUUUUUUUUUGUAUAAUAAUAAAUAGUUUUAGGAAUUAAGAUCCAAAUACGUUAGAUAUUAACUAUCUCUCAAUAUAAUUUUUUUAGAUUACUGAUCAAAAUAUGCAUUACUGUGUAAAUAUCUUUUAAUGUCUUUCAAUACUAAGUAAUGAUUAAUUUAUAUCGAUUAAUAUUAUUUUACUUAUAUAUUUUUAUAUUAGUGUCCAAUGAAAAUGUAAGAAAGUCCUCGGUGAUAAUUGUGGAUUGGUAGAAAUUUUUAUACUUUCAUAUCUUUUUGUUUUAAUAAAU